AUGCACAGCGUAUUACAUAAAAAUCCUGGUUUAGACUGUCUAAAAUUAGUUAGAGAUACACAUUGUGAAAUGAAUGGGGUAAUAUUUCCGGCUGAACUCACUGCUUUGGACAUUGCAAAUAUGAAAUUUGCACCCAUUACCUCGAUGGAAGUCGAGCGCUCCUUCAGUCGGUACAAAUCUGUGUUACGACCAAAUCGUAGAUCAUUUAACUUUGAAAUUCGAGCAUGUACCUAUAUGGUAUCUCAUUGCUUUCAAGACCCAGAUAAUCAAAAUGAAUAA